UUCAUUUUGCCGUUGUUUCAAACAGUCUGUUAGCACCCCCGCCGCAAAGAUGCAGAUCUUCGUGAAAACCCUAACGGGUAAGACGAUAACCCUCGAGGUCGAGUCCUCCGACACCAUCGACAACGUCAAGGCCAAGAUCCAGGACAAGGAAGGGAUCCCUCCGGACCAGCAGCGACUGAUAUUCGCCGGGAAGCAGCUGGAAGACGGCCGCACUCUCGCCGACUACAACAUCCAGAAGGAGUCGACGCUUCAUCUCGUCCUCCGUCUCCGUGGUGGGGCCAAGAAGAGGAAGAAGAAGACGUACACCAAGCCGAAAAAGAUCAAGCACAAGCACAAGAAGGUGAAGCUCGCGGUGCUCCAGUUCUACAAGGUCGACGGAUCCGGCAAGGUGCAGAGGCUGAGGAAAGAGUGCCCUAACGCCACUUGCGGCGCUGGAACUUUUAUGGCGAGUCACUUCGAUCGUCAUUACUGUGGUAAGUGUGGGCUCACUUACGUUUACCAGAAAGAGGGAGCUGAGGCAUGAUUGCUUAAACGUUUAUAAGCGUUUUUGUCGUAUUAUGUAAUGGAUUCGAUGUUGAACUUGGUUUGGUUUUGUCUGGAUUUUGGUUUUUUCUUUUGUUUAUGUUGGUACUUUGAUUAGUCUGAAAUACAUUUCUUGCAAUAUC